AUAAUUUCACACACGUUUUAGUACAAUUGCCCCAUGACUAUGGAACAAAUUGCCAUGAUAACCUCUUUAGAACUUUAAAAUAUAAACAUGAAAACGCAUUUCAUAAACAUUAAUGUGCUGUUUAAGAAAUUUAUAAGAGUGACAUGUGUCCGGGGAACCUGCAGUUGCUGGCGGCCCGCGUUGUUAACAAAUUCAUGACAGAACCAGUAGUGAACAACUCCCUCAUGCAGAUCGAGCUCACGUGUAUAGAAAGUAAUGGCGCUUCCCAAAUCGCUCCCCCACCCCCCACCUUUCAGUGGUUCCGGCGGACGACGAGGGGCCAGCUCGUGUUCAAGAUAUUGGACAACCUAGUAUUUAACCUCGAUUCGAGACGCAGACUAUGUACAUCUCUGAGGGUGGAGCCGCCGGCAUCUCGACGCCCAUCUGCAAUUACUCGCGGACGUCCAUGCUGCGCUAUACGGUGGAAGCAGCGGACUCCGGGUUGGGCUUUCGGCGCCAGGUGACGUCACAACAACAGAUGACGUACACGGCACACUCACCGGAUUACACUUUCAGCAUGCUCGGUUUAUGUUAAACAUGACCACACCGAAUCAAAUGUACAGCCUUUCACUAAAGUAUAUAAUCAAUGUUAUAACAAGAACUGGCGAUAAUUGACUUGCAAAGAUGAAGUUACAAUUUAACCUUAAAGUGGUUGAUUUACGCAGCAGCGAAAGUGUCUUUUAUAAUUUCCGGAUAUCUUCUUACUUGUAUUUGUAACGUGCCGUGAACACCUUCACAUUCGAUUCCAUUUGUUCGUAACUUUUAUUGUCUUUCUGUCGGAAGUUUAAACUUUAAAUUACACUUAAACUCGUCUAUUUACUUAUAGCAUAUGAUUGCAUGUAUUAUUUACGUUCUGGUUAACUAAUUAUUUGGAUCAGUUUGACUUUUCUGAUACA